CAACAAUAAACUAUCAAUUAUAAUAUUAUGCAGUCCUUUGUGUCAGGCAGCCACCUUUACCGCAUAACCCCCAAGCACCAACAAUGACAUUCAUCUCCCUGCCUCCACCCCGUCCAGUCACCCUUCGCACCCUUCACAAGACACACGAUCGCAAGUUGUGCGAGUUACCAUGGGAAGGAUAGGAGAGGAGACUGUGCGAGCUGCCUUACAGAAUGAUAAAGGCAGCGAGGCCAAGUUGAUGUCAUGGAGAGUCGAGUUAUUAUCAGAGACAGACGGUGCAACAUCCUCCAUCUUCAACGUAACAGUGAAGUUCGAGGUGGCAGGUACGGAGGAAGAAACCUGCUAUGUGGUGAAGCUUAGUCCCACUCGUGAAUUCAAGGACGACGAUUUCCACCACUUAAUCUUCACGAAGGAAUGCAGGUUUUACACUGAGGUUAUGCCUAUGGUCACCUCCAUUCUUAAACAACUUGGAGAACAGCCUAUACGCUUCCCCAAAUGCUACUACCACAGCUUAGAUGAAGGGAAGGAGAUUCUGUUCCUUGAAAACCUGCGUGUCAAGGGUUUUCAGAUGAGGGAUAAAUCUUUAGGACUAGACAUGGCACACAGUUGCCUUGUGCUUCGAGAACUGGGAAAGCUACACGCAGCAUCCUACAUCUUCCAGUCCAGGAGUGACAUCGAACUCACAGACAAGUUCGACUUUUUCCAAACAGAGUGGACCCAUAAGUUCAAUCUGGGGUGCGACUGGGGGACUUUCAUGAACAGUCUCUUGGAAAAAAGAUUGAAAGCGUUUGAGGAAAGUGAAGGCUACGAGAGGAUAGUGAAGUGGCUCAAGAGGGUUCUGCCCGAAGUGUGGCCGCUGUACGAAAAGCAGAUAGAAAGAAAGUCGCCCUUUGCCUCCAUUAUCCACGGAGACUGCUGGAUCAACAAUAUGCUCUUCAGGUACGAUGCAUCAGGCAGUCCCAUCGAGGUGGUGUUUCUAGACCUACAAGGCUGCCGUGUUGCUUCAGUAGCGUUGGACUUGCAACACUUCCUGAACCUCAACGUCAAGGGCGAGAUACGACGACCCAACCUUGACCAGCUCCUGGCCUCUUACUACGACUCACUCCGCAGCACCGUAACCGCGGGGAAAACAGCUGUGCCCUUUGCACUAGAUCAGCUUAAAGAAGAGUACAUCGACAAGGGUUUCUAUGGCGCUCUGUACGGUCUUUUGUGGCUUCCAGUCAUGUGCGGGCCAGAGGAGGUUGACUUUACAUUAGCUGAGUACGACGAUAACCAUGGGAUUGUGGACCGCUCAGAGAGUGAUAAGCCGCAUCUGCCGACCUCCCUGAUCUCUGUGAUGGAGGAAUGGACAGAGCUGGGCCUUAUAUCCUAGUUAGCUUCCUCAUACUAAUCCUUCCCUCGUAUCUUCAUCAAGUUCCAACAAUAUCAGUAUGCCAGACUCCAUCCACUGACUGUUCGAGUUUUCUAUGAAUCACUGUUACUGGUUUAUGGCUAAAUCUGGCAUAUUCAGUGUCCUUAUUAGUAAUUUUAAGGUGCAAACAACUCAAGAUAAAAGUAAUUGGUAGUGAGGUUUGUGUAUUUUAACGUAUGGGAACAAAACAAUUUUGAGUCUGUCGCACGGUUUUGAGUUGGUAAUAACUGACAUAUCAGAGUAAGGGAGAACUUGGACUCACUUAUACUUCUUCUCGUGCACCUCUUUAGCAGUAAUAUUUAGUAAAUUUUAUGCUUUUAACCUUAUCAUGUAAAUCCAUAAUUACCAUAAAAAAUGAAUAAUGCAUAAUUUGAAGUGCAUAAUUUGGUUGUAUUUUCAGUUAACAGAAUUAUUAAUUUAUUCAAUUUAUGUAUGCCAAGAAAAUUUUUCAACAGUGUUACGGAAGUUGGGUAUAUUUUCAGUAAACGGAAUUCAUUAACCUUAAUAAACCAAGGAUAUUCUUCAACGGUGUUAUGUAAUUUGACAAGAGAGGUCUGGAAACACUGUUCAUAA